AUGUCUCAAAGUAACGAAAUGUUUCAGAAUUUCUUAAAUAACGAUAAAGACUCACGCGCGGAUGAGUUUGUAAUUUCUUUCCAUGAAGCUAAAUCUUCAACUGAUACAUUAUUUAUGAUUGCGUAUUCUGAAAAAAAGAAGAGUUCAUUACUACAAAGGAAGCGCCUGAAACUGAAACUAAUGUACAAAAAACUGAUAUUAGAGUCAUUGUAG